AUGGAGAGAGGGACGAAUUCACAGCCGUCAUCCGGACCUUCAUACGAGGUUUUUCUCAGUUUUCGCGGACCCGACACCCGUCAUGGAUUCACCGAUUGUCUUUACCACAGUAUGGCUGCGGCCGGGAUUCUCGUCUUUAGGGACGAUGAAUCCCUCCGUGUCGGUGAAAGAAUUGGUGGUGAACUUCUACGAGCAAUUGAGAAUUCCAAGAUCUACAUUCCCAUAUUCUCCACAAAUUAUGCUUCGAGCCACUGGUGCCUCCGAGAGCUCACAUACAUGGUCGAGUGCUCCUCGAAAUCGAAUGGGAGCAAAGAGAUUCUGCCAAUUUUUUUCGACGUGGAACCUGUUGAUGUCAAGCUCAAAACAGACGUAUACAGACAGAAUCUUUCACAGAUCCGGAAGAAGUUUCGCACUGAAGUAAAGUCAUGGGAAAAGGCUCUCAUUGAUGUGGGCAAGAUAAAGGGAUGGAACUUGAAGAAAGACGAAGGCCAAGGAAAUCUGAUCCAAUUAGUAAUUCAAGCCGUCUUGGCUAAGCUGAAUGUCAGUUAUAAAAAUGUGAUUGAACAUCUAGUUGGAGUUGAUGAUCGUGCAGAAGCAAUAAUCAAGAUGUUGGAUCUGGAAUCAGAUAGUGUGCAAUUCCUCGCGAUCCACGGAAUGGGCGGUGUUGGCAAAACAACACUGGCCAAAGUCGUCUUCAACCGGCUGUCUUCUCAAUUCCAAGGCUGCAAUUUCCUUUCGGAUGUUCGAGAGUCAUCAGAACGACAUGGCCUGGUAUAUUUGCAAAAACAAUUGUUAUCCAAGUUCCUCGAUUCUCCUUCUGUCAAUCAAAUUCAUGACGUGGAUGAUGGGAUCAACAUGAUUAAGAGGGUACUUUGUAGUAAAAAAGUUCUCAUUGUUCUCGACGACAUGGAUGAAGAAAAGCAACUAAAAAGUCUGGCAGCAAAAGGAAAUUGGUUCGGUUCUGGUAGUAGGAUUAUCAUUACUACUAGAUACAAAAGUGUCCUAAUGAUUGAUGGAGAAUCAACAGGUGAAGGCCCUUUGAAGUCUGCUAAUAUUUCAAGUUACGAAGUACAGGAAAUGGAAUUUCAUCAUGCACUUAAGCUUUUCACUAGGCAUGCCUUCAGGAGAGACUCUCCACCCAAUGAUUAUGUCUCCCUUUCAAAAAACGUUGUCUCCACUUUGGGAAAGCUUCCUUUAGCUCUUAAAGUGACAGGUUCAUUCCUUUCUGGUAAAUCCAAAGCAUUAUGGGUAGACACAUGCAAGAAGCUACAAAAAGCUCCUCCCAUGGAAGUCCAAAGAACAUUGAUGAUAACUUAUGAAAGGUUAGAUGAUGCACAAAGGCAAGUAUUUCUAGAUAUAGCUUGUUUUUUUGUUAAUGAGGAUAAAACCUAUCCUUUCUACAUGUGGGAUGAUUGUGAAUACUGUCCCAACAAUGCCAUUGAAGUCCUCUAUCUCAUGUCCUUGAUAAAAAUCAAAGAUGACAAUACUUUUUGGAUGCAUGACCAAGUCCGGGACUUUGGAAAGGCAAUUGUCCGUAAAGAAAAUUUCGACGAUCCUUGCAAGCAUAGUAGAGUGUGGAAUCAUCAGGAAGCCCUCAGCAUUCUAAAGCAGAAAGAGGGAAGUAGGAAAAUAGAAGCAUUGUCACUAGGAAAUCGUGGGGACAUUCUAACGCAUGAUGAAGUUGCUAAUUUACAAAACCUGAGGUUCUUGGAAGCGAAUGGGGUGUUCCUCGUUGGAGACUUCAAUAAUCUUCUCUCGAAUUUAAGAUGGUUUUCUUGGCGAUGGUGCCCUCACGAGUUUGCGGCAGCAAACUUUCAUCCGACUAAUUUAGUUGUUCUUGACCUUUCACACAGCAAUGUUUCGGAGAAAUGGAUUGGUUGGAACCAAAUCAGAGUGGCAACUAAACUAAAAGUACUAGAUCUUAGCAAUUGCGAAUACUUAAUGAGAACACCUGAUUUAUCUACGUUGGUGUCCUUGGAGAGAUUGAUUCUUGAAGACUGUCGCAACUUAACUGAAAUUGACCCAUCCAUUGGUAAAUUAGAGCUCCUAACUACUUUGAACUUGAAGGGAUGUGAUUCUCUUCAAGAGUUGCCUGAAGAAAUAGGAUGUCUACAAGCUUUGAAAGAGAUUGUCAUGCCUAAUACGCUACUUGAACUUCCAUGGACGUUCGGUAAUUUGCGGUCAUUGUUGACCCUUGAUGUAUCAUAUAGGCUGAUUAGCAAACUGCCUUACUCGAUUGGAGGGCUAGUGAAACUUAGGCGGUUGAAUUUAUCGAGAUGUACGAAGAUAGAGGAACUCCCAGAACCGUUUGGGGAGUUACAAUCCUUAGUCGAGUUGGAUUUGUCAUCGACAAGUUUGGGUCACUUACCUGAUUCAAUCGGCAAUUUAAAGCAAUUGAAAAUACUUAGGAUGACCAGCAUAAGUCGGAUAACAAAAUUACCAAUCGCGAUUGGACUGAUGGAGAAGCUUGAAGAGUUAGAUGCUAGUAGAUGUUGCAAAUUGACUGGCGAUAUUACUGUAGGAAUUGGGGGAUUGUCUUGUUUGAGGAUCCUAGACUUAUCAUACACAGAUAUAUUUACAUUGCCCAACACGUUGAGUUACCUCUCUAAUCUGCAAAUACUUAAGUUGGAAUCAUGUCCUAAGCUUCGACAGUUGCCUGAGCUUCCCUUGAGUUUGACUAGUCUAAAAUGCACCGCCGAUAGUGGCGAACCCUAUGAAGGCAGGGGAUUUGCGCAGGGGAGUGUUCUUCCCCUGUCUAGUUUAAGAGAGUUAGAACUUGGAAAACGUUGGAUUGAACCGAGGAGAUGCGAACCCUAUGAAGGCAGGGGAUUUGCGCAGGGGAGUGUUCUUCCCCUGUCUAGUUUAAGAGAGUUAGAACUUGGAAAUCAUUCGAUUGAACCGAGGAUAUUUUUCAGAUUGGAGAACUUGUCAACCUUGCGAUUAAAUAGUUGUUUGAUCGUAAAUGUACUUGAUCUGUCGCCCAUGACGAAUCUGCAAGAGGUAUAUUUGUUGGGAAUCAGAUAUUUAGACGAGCUUUGUGGCCUUGAAGAAUUGGGAUCCCUUUGCGUCCUAUCGAUCGUGGAUUGCGAUUCCAUGGAAAGGAUAUCAGACCUAUCGAAAUUGAGAAAGCUGAGGGAGCUCCGGGUAGGAAAAUGUCCAAAGCUAAGAAGCGUGGAAGGUCUGAACCACUUGGAAUCUUUACAGAAGUUGUGGAUUCACGAUUGCAGGUCGUUGGAGAGUUUGGCCGACACCUCAGAUUUGCAUUUAGAAUGUUCCACAAUUGAACGUUGUGAGCGGUUGCGCAACCGUAGAUGUCAUGAUAACAGAGAUUCGGUGGUUAAUGAACUCGACCACGCUGUUGGAAUUAUACGAAGCAGAGGUACUGCCUGUGUGAAAAUCGGCUCUUGCAAGUGA